UAGGAGGUGGAUGCGGGGGGCGGGGGGAGGCCGCGCAGCGUGGAUUCUGGGUGACGCGCCGGUGGAAAGGAAAGGCGGGAGCGCUCGCUUGGGCGCGGAUCCAGGGGAAUCCAAGCCCGGAUUGCGAACGCCGGGAACCGCUGUUCUCGGAGACGGGGCGGUGGAGGCAAACGAGCGCUCGCCUUUGAGAUUACCUCUCCAAAGAGGCCAUGGCACGACGUAUGCGCAAUAGUAGAGCUUGGCACUAUGUCCUGAGUGGAGUUCGCCGAGAGGCAGACUCACAGACGGUAACAGUGGCCUCUGGAGCCCAUGGUUGGUCAUCUGACACUGAUGGGCAGCAGCACAGCGACUCUGAUUCAGAGCCAGAAUUUCCUUCGCAGUUGCCUUCCAUACCCACAGCAAUACCUGUGACAGGAGAGUCUUACUGCAACUGUGAGAACCAGAAUGAAACCCCAUACUGCUCCAGCUUCCACAUGGCUCACCGGAUGAAAGAUUGCCAGUGUGGAGAGGAAGAUGAAUAUUUUGACUGGGUAUGGGAUGAAUUGAACAAAUCGGCAAAUACUCUUUUGACCUGUGACAACCGUAAGGUAAAUUUCCACAUGGAUUACAGUUGUGGUACUGCUGCCAUCCGGGGUAACAAGGAGCUAGCAGAGGGCCAGCACUUCUGGGAAAUCAAGAUGACCUCACCUGUCUAUGGCACUGACAUGAUGGUAGGAAUUGGAACAUCAGAUGUGAACCUAGAUAAGUUCCGUCACACGUUCUGUAGCCUGUUGGGCAAAGAUGAAGACAGCUGGGGUCUCUCCUAUACAGGGCUCCUCCAGCACAAGGGAGAGCGGAGUAACUUUUCAACAAGAUUUGGACAGGGUUCCAUUAUUGGGGUGCAUCUGGACACAUGGCAUGGGACUCUAACCUUUUUCAAAAACAGGAAAUGUAUAGGUGUGGCUGCCACCAAGCUCCAGAACAAGAGGGUCUACCCUAUGGUGUGUUCGACUGCAGCCAAAAGUAGCAUGAAAAUAAUCCGCUCCUGUGCUACCCCCACCUCACUGCAGUACCUCUGCUGUUACCGCCUCCGUCAGCUGCUUCCUGACUAUGUGGACACGCUAGAGGUGCUUCCCCUCCCUCCAGGACUCAAGCAGAUUUUGCACAACAGAUUGGGCUGGGUAUUGAGCAUGAACUGUGGCUCGCUCCAGACCUCCUCUUCUACCUCCUCAGGAAGCGAUUCAGACAGCUCUUGUGGGUCGGAUGCUGAGGCACGUCAUCGGAAGAGAUGCAGGUGGAGGACUUAACUUUUUUCCCCUUUAAAGACAGCGUCAUGAAGGACGAGGGGUUCUCUCAGAGUUACAGAGUGACAUUUACCUUCGUGAUUGUACCCUGUUUGAACACAAAAGCCUGUUCAACUCUGGACAACAUCUGCCUUUAGGAGACAGGCAAUUUCCACAGCUUCAUUGUACCGGUGGCCAGCUGGUCAUCAACUCUGGUUUGCCAAGUUUUCUUUCUUCCUGCAGCCAA